ACAUUGCUGUUUACGGCAGACGAACUGCUUUACGGUAGACGAAAACGUGACUGCUGUUGUGUGUUGUUAUCGCGCUGGGAGGACGUUAAUGAAACUGCCUAACAAUAAACCCACAUAAGAAACUAAGAACUCGCCCUCCAUCAUUCUACAGUUAUAACGUGAUUGGGCAGGCACGCUGUUUAUAUUGUGGUAAAGCGGACGUGAAAACAGGCUGUCGACACGUCACUCAGGUCCGCCUGAAUUUCGGGAGAAAAUUUGUCCCGGGAGGUUUUCGGGAGAAGCGCUGAAUUUCGGGAGUCUCCCGGAAAAUCCGGUAUGGUUGGCAAGUAUGCAAUGAUGUUGACAAUAAUAUCCAGCCAUGCUCACUGUAAAAGAUGUGUGUGAUGUAAAACUGUCAAUGCAACUCAAACGUGGCAAUAAUGCACGCUGGGUAAUAUUUCAUAUUGAUCCACACGCAGUGGGAAAUAAUUGCCUGCUUUUUCUUUUACUAAUUAUCCUAAGAGAAGGAGAAUGCUAAUGUUUCACUUGAAGGUUACAAGUUGAUGUGCUUGGAAGCUAAUGUUAGCAUCAUUGAGAUCAAUGCAGCUGCACUUCCUGUUCUAAAACCGGCAUAGAUCAAUGUGGAGCCUGAGGCGCACACACACACGCACACACACACACACACACACACACACACACACACACACACACACACACACACACACACACACACACACACACACACACACACACACACACACACACACACAUUUGACGCUGACAAGUUGUGACAAGCUUCGACCUGGUUGGAGUGGGCGAGCAAGCGAGCGCGGCGGCCCAGUCACUCGCUGCCGAGGCGGCUUCUGCUUAGCGUCCUCUGACCCGUCUUCCCUGACAGGACCGACCGGGAGGAAGCGAGGACGGAGGCUCAGGAUGACGAGCGCGGCGCCGGCCAGGAAGCCCUAUCGUAAAGCUCCUCCGCAGCACCGCGAGGCGCGUCACGCCCUUCCCGCCACGCCGCCCCUUCCGAUGCAGCAGCUAGAUGACAGCCAGGUAAAGAAACAAACCGCCAACACGCCUCCAACUCCCCUCCCGACACUCCUCGCCGCCUGCAAAGCGCGGCGCGGCAUCGGCUCGCCACAAGGCGCCCCCAACACGUCGCCCUCGCCGUCCGACAGCGAGCUGGAAGUCUCCAGCUUGUCCAGUUUGGAGUUUUGUAUUCCUCCCCCUCGGCGCUUCAGCGUUCGCCGCCGCCCUGUGAGCGGCGACGACGCGCCGGUUAGCGUCGGAGAGCGUCUGCCCACUCAGCAGGGCGCCAGAAGACGGCGUGUGGACGCUCAGAACCGAAGUAGAGCGUCCGAUCCCCCGAAGAGCAUCCUGAAGAAGCGCACGUCUCUGGGGGUGACGCACGCCUACGAUGUCAUCAGGAAGUCCAAGUCCGUGGAAGUGUUGGACGGCGGCGCGGGGCGAGGGAGCGGCGCUCCUCCAGCCCGUCCUCCCUCCCCCGGCGUGCGGCGCUCCUCCAGCGUGCGGCGCUCCUCCAGCCCGCCCUCCCCCGGCGCCAAGCAGCUGAAGUGGAAGAUGCACUUCCUGGAAGAGAAGGUUCGCUUCUCCAGCUUCCUGGACGAAAUCACCUGCCGGGUCAUGAGCCCCGCCCACCUCACCAUGCUCGGCAGGGAGGCCUCCGGAGCGCAGCGAAGCCCCGCCCCCAGCCACCACGGCCGCCCCCAAAAGAAGCAGCCAUCAUCGGCGGGGGGCAAAGCGUCGGGCCGCAGCGAGCGUUGGGACGGCUGGGUCGCGGCGCUGCAGUGCUCCGAGCGCUACAAGCCCCUGCAGGACGGCGAGCCGGGCAGGGAGACCCCAGAGCCCAGGGAAGCUAUCACAAAGGGGGCGGGGCUUGUAGAGGAAGUAUCGAAGGUAAAUAGAAGAGAAAAGUUGGAUUGUCAACAAACAGACGAAGCGCACAAACAUGGACUUCCUCUUACUAAACAAGAAGUAGUGUCGCGUGUCAAGGACCUUCUAUCCGAUUCCGACCGCAUCAGAAUCCUUCAGCAGCAGAAUGAGGAUCUGCGACGGCGCCUUUCUCUCUCCACGCACAAGAUGGAGGCCAUGGAAGCGGAGUUUGAUGGCGGCCGCCAUUACAUGGAGGCGGAGCUAAGUCGAACCAGAGAUGAUCUUGACAAGAUGAGGGACAAGUUUCGCCGACUCCAGAACAGCUACACGGCGUCUCAGCGGGCCAAUCAGGACUUGGAGGAGAAGCUUCACGCUCUGGCUGCUGUCAGCCAGACCUGGGUCCAUGCACUGCGCAAGGUGGAGCGGGACAAGAAGACGAUGGACCAGGAGAUCGUGGAGCUCACCAACAAGUUGCUGGAGGCCAAGAACACCAUCGACCGCCUGGAGGAGCUAAACGAACGCUACCGACAGGACUGCAACCUCGCCGUGCAGCUGCUCAAGUGCAACAAGUCCCAUUUUAGGAAUCACAAGUUUGCUGACCUGCCGUCGGAGCUGCAGGACAUGUUGAGCAAGCACAUGAAGAGCAGCUUGCCAGAGCGAAGCCCCGCCCCCUCCGGCCAGGACCCCGACACGCUGAGCUUGACGCCGUCCGACGUGGUCCCAACCUCCGUCAUCGCUCGCGUCCUGGAAAAACCCGAGCCCCUGCUCCUGAACUCGGCCCAGUCCAGCAGCUGCGGCUGGCCCGUGGCCGAGGACGUCUUCGUGCACGUGGACAUGACGGGGGGCUCGCAGGCGACGCCCGCCGAAGAGCGAGGACGCGACGAGGACGGCGCCGAGGACGUGGCCACGCUCAACGGCUCGUGCCGGAGCCAGAGCAGCCUGGACGCCGGCGAGGAGACGGGGGGCCGCGCGCCGUCUUUCGACAAGCUCAAUCCGUACCCUCCCCCGCCGCCGCCCAACCCGCUGUACCCGGGGCGCAAGGUCAUCGAAUUCUCCUCCGACGACAAAGUGAAGAUCCCCAAGAACAGCCCGCUGCCCAACUGCACGUACGCCACCCGCCAGGCCAUCUCGCUCAGCCUGGUGCAGAACGACGAGCCGCCUCCCGGCAGCCCCGCCCUCUUACGCGGCGGUGCGGGGAUCCACCCCCUGCGGCAGGACGCCGGCGUGGAGUUGACGUCCAAUCAGUCCAGCCCUUUCAGCAGCCCCCCGCAGGCGCCAAGCGUGCUCACCAGCUCCGGCAGCUCCGAGGAGGACCUUCUGGCCAACUGGCAGCGCAUGUUCGUGGACAAGAUGGCCGCUCCGCCGCAGCAGCAGGCAGCGGGCGGAGGGUCCUCGUCGGAGCGCCACCGAGCGGCGUACUCCGACGGCGAGGAGGGCUCGUCGGCACACAGCUGGACUCCGAGCCGCGGCUCCAGUCUGGACACGGACACCGACACGGAGCCACGCCCCUACGGCGCGGGCCAAUACGGAGGCAGCGGCGACUCGGUGGGCGCCGGUGAGCGACUGCUGAUGAAGCUGGACGAAGACGGCGGCAGCGGGGACACGGCGCUCACCAUGACAACGUGCCACGCCGACGCUCCCGGGGAGGAGGAGGAUGAGGAGGAGCAGGAAGUCCCGCCCUGCCUCCUUGACUUUGACCCCACCUUCGCUGCGGCGGCGCUGCCGCGACCUCACAGGAGCCCCAAGAGGAUGGGCGUACACCACCUGCACCGCAAAGAUGGCCUGAGCCACCCCCACCAGCACCUGAUGGACUGAAACCCCGCCCACCCAGGUCUGACACCACACCCACCCAGGAUACAGCCAUACACGCGCUUUCCGUGCCUAACAUCUGCGCUAUGACGUCAGGUCAAAGGUCAGACAGAAUCAUCAUCCACACUGGGGGCGGGGCUAUCGUUUUUUAUUCAAUUGCUUUUUUUGGGGGAGGAAAAGCAACUUUGGAAUGUGGAUGCAUCGUUUUUAGUUUUACUCCUGUCAGGUGAAAAUGUGCAUUAGCAGGUUAGCACGCUAGCAGCUGCGGGGGUGGAUCUUUGGGGCAACUAACGAUUCUAUCCGAUUCUUAGGUAGACGAUUCCGUUCAGAAUCGAUUCAAACAAUGUGUUUUUCUGGGGUGUCCAAACUACGGCCCGCCUUUGUGUUCAUUUUGGCCCGUGAUACGUCUCACCUUUAUUUAAGAAUCUGGCCCGUGGGCUGCCUCCAACUUCAUUUCAAAUAUCUGACAAUAUAAUUGCUGCAACUUUGCCGCCAUCUUGUAGACUAUGUGAGUAGCUCAUGUUAAUGGCCAUGAAUUGCACUCUGAAGUGUAGACAGCACAGCAUUUUUAUAUAUGACCCAAUCCAAACGACCAUUCCCACUAACGAUGCAACAAGUCAACAAACAUGGUCGCACACAACACAACCUGCUCACUGAACUUUGUGGAUAUUAUAAAAAAUGUCCACGUACACCACAUAAUUCAAAAUUAUACCAAUUUUAAUCCACUGCAAUGCAUGAUGGGAAAAUGCAAAACACACUCCACACUUAUCCAUGUUUGGCGCAUUUUAGCUGCUUGAUAUUUUUGAUUGAUUAUAAAACUUUAAGAAGGUCGUCACGGAAGUAAACAAGGUAGCAGUCAAACUUUCACAUACUCUUAAUAUCCAAUUAUAUUAUUAAUUAUAUAUCCAUCAUAUUAAUAU